AUGGGCAGCACCGACCUCAGCCAGGUCGAAAGCAACGUGCACUCCGAGGCUGGCACAACUGGCGAGAUCAUCGGCUUCGAGACAGACCUCAGUCACCUUCCGCCAGGCUACUACACCAGCAAGUUCUUCAUCGGCUCGAUGUUCGCUGUCGGCGUUCUCGUGUACAACGUCACAUUGGCUAUUGCGUUGGUUCUCGUCGGGCGUCUGUCUGAUAUCUUUGGCCGACGAUACUUCUUUAUUGGUGGUCAGGUUCUUGGUGUCAUUGGCAGCGUGGUCUGUGCCAAGUCAAAAAGUGUCCCCAUGCUCAUCGGCGGCAAUGUUCUUCUCGGAAUCGCCACCGGCCCACAGCUCAGCUUCCACUUCGUCAUGGGCGAGCUUGUUCCGAUGAAAUACCGCUUCCUUGGGAAUGCCUUCCUCUACCUUUUCUGCAUUCCGGGCAGCGGAGUAGCCCCCAACUUUGACUACAUUGGCACGCUCCUCUUCAUUGCCGGCUUCGUCGUCUUCCUGCUCGGCCUGUCCUGGGGCGGGUCCCUGUACCCAUGGCAGUCCGCGGCCGUCAUCACCGCCAUCGUCGGCGGCUUCGCCGUCAUGGCCAUCUUUGUGUUGUGGGAGAUCUACGCACCAAUCAAGGAGCCCCUGGUCCCCAUGCACCUGUUCCGUAACGGCCGCUGGGUCUCCGCCGUCGUGCUCCUCGGCCUCGGCGCGGGUGUGUACUACGCUUUCGCCAUCAUCAUACCCAUCCAGGUUGCCGUGCUCUAUAACAGCGGCGACGCUACCGAAGUUGGCUGGCUGUCCUCAAUUGUCGGCCUCGGCAUCAUCACGGGGCAGGUCAUCUCUGGCGUCCUUGCCGAACCCAUCGGAAAGACCCGGUACCAGUGCAUGACCGUCUUCACCAUAGGUGGCGCGUUCCUCGGUGCCUGCGGAUGCAUCACUCCGGACAACAAGACCACCGUGGUCGCCCUCGUGUACAUUGGCUGCGUCUUUAUCGGGUGGAACGAGACCAUCUGCCUCGCCAACGCCACAAUCCUCGUCAAGGACCAGCGCGAGAUCGGCGCCGCAGGAGGCGUGGCCGGGUCGGUCCGCGCCGCGAUCUGCGCCGUGCUCAUCGCCGUGUACACCACUGUCCUGACCAACUCGCUCACAAAGAAUCUGUCCAACGACGUCCCGGCCGCCCUGGUCGGCGCGGGCCUGCCGGCCACCUCGGUGGCGGAUUUCAUGGCAGCCAUCACGGUGGGCACGCCCGAGGCGUUUGCAAAGGUACCUGGACUGACCGCUAGUAUCACUGCGGUCGGCGUGCGGGCGUACAAGUGGGCGUAUUCGGAUGCGUUCAAGGCCGUGUACUUGACGACGAUCGCUUUCUCCGCGCUGGCUGUCGUGCUGACGUGGUUUGCGCCGAACACGGAUGAGCUGAUGACGGGCAAGGUUGCGGCUACGCUGGCGAAUGAGGACGGGCAUGUUGUUCAGAGUUUGGACGAGAAGAAGGUUCAAACUGUUUGA